CAGAAUGGAGCGCCUGGCGUCGCAGAAUUAGAAGAGGCAGUUAAACAGCAGGGCGAAAAAGUGCGACAGUUAAAAGCGUCAACAAAAGACAAGACUGUUUGGCAGCCGGAAGUGACGAAGCUGUUAGAUCUGAAGAAGCAGCUGGAGGCCGCUAAGAAGGCGCAGCAGUCUGCAGCAGCAUCCUCACCUGCGGGGGAUGUCGCCAGCUUGGAGAAGGCGGUUGCGGAACAGGGCGAAAAAGUGCGACAAUUAAAAGCAUCAACAAAAGACAAGACCGUUUGGCAGCCGGAAGUGACGAAGCUGUUAGAUCUGAAGAAGCAGCUGGAGGCCGCUAAGAAGGCGCAGCAGCCUGCAGCAGCAUCCUCACCUGCGGGGGAUGUGAACAGCUUGGAGAAGGCGGUUGCGGAACAGGCCGACAAAGUCCGUCAAUUAAAAGCCUCGACUAAGGACAAGUCGGUGUGGCAACCGGAAGUGAACAAGCUGCUCGACCUGAAGAAACAGCUCGCGACAGCUCAGGCCAGCUCCACACCACAACAGACAGCCUCCAGUACUCCUGAAGAGCUGGAGAAGGAACUAGCUGAACAGGCUGACAAAGUCCGCAAACUUAAAGCCUCGACUAAGGACAAGUCGGUGUGGCAGCCGGAGGUCAACAAGCUGCUUGACCUCAAGAAACGCAUUGCUGACCUCCAACUCAAAUAAAUAAAUUAUUUUACUAUUUAUACAGAA